AGGCUGAUGCCUUGCUUGGGGGCCAAAUUCUGACUCAGCCCACUGAUCAACAUUGCACAUUUCAGGCGUCACUGCUUGCACUCAGAUCACAUCGACCCGCUAUCCAUGGCGUCUCAGUAUACCCGACUGCCUGUGCAGCCCGCGGGAGAGGGGCAAACUAAUGAUCGAUACGAGCUCGGGAGGUUCCAGCAGCAGGUACCAGAGCGAUAUGAACGAUUCACACCGCAGCCACCUGCGCCAUACGUGAGCCCUUAUCUCGCACAAGAUAACAGCUAUACAUCUUAUCAAGGCAAUAUACCGGAAUCGAAUUCGCCGGUGUCGAGCAUCACAAACCCAGGGUCGAAGGCGACAAAAACAGCUGUGGCCUCCGUAAACUCGCUGACCUCUCAGCAUGAUCAAAGUUUAACGCAUCCAGAGUCAGCCAAACCAAAUCCAGCUUUACGAGCAACACUUCUGUCAUGGGGAUUUGAGCUCUUCGCUGUAACGGUCAGUCUCGGUGCCCUGCUGGCGAUAAUUCUGGUCUUAAGGCGCGAGGACGGCAAACGUCUCACAGAAUGGAGGCUCGCUAUAACACUGAAUACAGUUAUUGCCGCCCUCGGCACUUUGGCCAGGACCACGCUAGCAUUUGCAUUGAGUGCCUGCGUGGGACAGCAAAAGUGGAAUUGGCUUCGCAUGAGAUCUGAUCAACUUGUUGCGUGGGAGCGAUUCGACGAGGCGAGUCGAGGGCCAUGGGGUGCAACUCGACUCUUCAUCUGGCUACGAGCUAGACACUGGGCGGCCCUCGGCGCUUUGGUCAUCAUCGGUACCGUGGCUUUUGAUCCCUUCCUCCAGGCCGUGAUAUCUAUACAGGGACAGUUGGAUGAUGACAUUGCCGUGGCCCAUGUUCCCCAAGCUCUUGUCAUUGACGCUGGAACCAUCGUGGAGAUCUCGACUGUCGCCCAGAGCAGAUGGACUACGUCGGCUGGGACCUUGACACUGAACGGAGACUCGUCCGCUCAGCCUGACUUCGGUAUAAUCAGUGCAGUCUACAACGGGUUCCGUAACGAUAGCUCGUGGUACCGCGACGAACAAGUUGUUAGCAGUGUUUGUACAACAGGCAACUGUACGUGGGCCCCUUAUACCUCCGCAGCCAUGUGCAGCACUUGUAACGAUCUUUCCGAUCAAGUAUCUGUGAGCAGAGGAGCUGGCAACAAGUCAAGUACCGUUCCUGGUCCAACUAAUGUGAUGUUCACUGGAAAUGUCACCAACUUCCUACUACCAUACGCCAAUCUGGUGAAUGCCAAUACUCAAGAAUAUGAGAGUCCAGAGGGUGGUAAACGAUCGGGACAGGAAGCCACACUCCUGACAGCGAAUACAACAUUGGACGCACUUGCGACGACAAGCUUCCAGGACCUACAGACCAUGAUAGUAUCCUUCGUCAUCAUGAGAGCAGCAGAGGAGUGGAUGCAGGGUGAGGUAGCGUGGAACAAUUCCAAACCCAUAGCCACGGAGUGUGCCCUUUACUUGUGUGUGAACAAGUAUCAAACCGAGAUCCGAGAUGGCAAACUCAAAGAAACCGUAUUAAGCUCGUGGGCUGUGAGGGAUAAAGAGUCCUAUAAAGCUAGCUUAAACUCGUCUAUCUUUGAAACAGGCCCUGAAGUCGACGCUUUCCUAGCCGAAAAGGGUGACAUACUCUAUGAUCGAAACAUUGUGCGAACAGACCUUCGACUGUUGGUUCCUGAAGGCGAGAGCGAGGGAAUCGAACCACGGACGUUUAACGUAUCUUACGCAUUUAUAAGGACCAUUUCAGAGUUCAUGAAGACUUUUACCGCCGGAGCCAAAGACACAGGGCAGAUGAUGGCUUUCCCAUCAUGGGAUGGUCGCAUGGGACCCUUGGUCAACGCAUUAUGGGCAUCUCAAAAUCUCACUGAGACCUUCGAUCACGUCGCACGGAGCCUGACGAACCAGGUACGCAAGACAGCCACCAACGCCUCGCACAUCAACCAAGUGGAAGGAACGACGCAGAAGUGGGAGACUCAUGUUCGCGUACGCUGGGCAUAUCUGGCUUUCCCCGCUGCCAUGAUAGCUCUCGGGAUUGUCUACGUUCUGCUCACGAUCGUUGAAUCCACGCGACUACAUCUUCCGGCAUGGAAGGAGUCGGCUCUUCCAAGUCUGCUGCACGGUCUGGACAGCGAAACGCAGAGUUUGCUUCGAAAUGCGCAAUCACAAGCAGCUGGCAUGAAAGCCAAUGAGACGGUUGUGAGAUUCGGAUAUGACGAGAAGAGCGACUGUCUGCGUCUUGUAGCCGAGCGCGAUAUUGUUCGCUGAUCUUGACGAGGCGUACUCGAUGGUGCCACAAGUACACCUGUAGUGAUAGUUCUGAAGGUUUUACUCUUAUGCAAGGCAGUGAGCGUUGACUGAACCAAGUUCGAUGAUCAAGACCAAAAUAGCAUACGAGCACGUGCACUGAUCAGGUAG